CCGCACAACCCCUCUCCGCUCCCUCCCUCGAAUCCCCAGCCUAGUAGGGUUCAGCUCCCGCCCGGCUCCGCGUAUUAAUUCCUGCUACUCAGCUCGGCCUCGACCCUUGUGCGUUCGAAUUCUCGGGGCCCUAGGGUUUUGCUCCCAGCUAGAGGCGGGCGCCUGAUUCAUUCCUCUCCGGCGAGUUGUUUUUUUCUGAUUGGCUUUCUGGGAGGAUCUGAGGUCAUGAGUGCAGGUGCACAGCACUACUGCACACAGUAUUUCUCUGGGUAAUCCGUAUCCUUCUGAAAGUUCUUCUGUAGUCCGAUUCCACCUUCCAGUCUGGUUCGGAGCUACCUAUAUAUCAUACACACAAUUGAGCUCAAGUAUCCCCUGCGAAAAUCGAUGGAGAAAGCUUCUGUUUCGGAUGAUUCUCCAGAUUCGAGCGCCAAUUGCGAUUGGUCCCAGCUUCAGGCUGACCUGCUCCUCCAGAUCUUUGGCACUCUCGAGAUCCCUGAUCUCUUCAGCUUAGGUGCGGUCUGUCGAUCAUGGCACCUCAUUUAUCUGGAGGCCCGCCGUCUUCCGCGGUGCUCGCCGAACCAGAGCCCCUGCCUUGUUUACUCAUCUGGCGACCGUGAUGCUGACACGGUCACCCUGCAUAACAUGUCCACCAACAAGCUUUACCACGUCACUCUAUCGGAGCCUGCCUUCCGCACACGCCACGUUAUGGGCUCCUCCCACGGCUGGCUCAUCACCGCGGAUAAGCGAUCAAAUCUCAUACUAGUCAACCCUGCAACCGGGGCUCAGAUGGCUAUGCCUCCACCUGAAACCAUGAACAAUGUUAGACUGCGCUACACUGAAGAGGGCGUGCUAGAUGGAUAUGAUGUUCUUUACAUAUCUGUUCUCUUCGGAUUUCAAAACCCCCUUUUUUUCCUUAUAUAUGUGUGUGUUGGGUACAUGGGACCAGAACCAAAAGUUGUUAUAUGUGCUCCCGAUCAAGGCACACUCGUGAGAGGGUGGAGACUUUGUCUCCCUUAUUUUUCUCUUGGUUUGUUUACCGUGAGAUCAAUUCCAACAGUUCUUUCUUGCAAUCCCUCCCAAGGAAACUGCACAGUACUCCGAGUACAAUUGCCCAAUAAUCAACUCUCUUAUGCUAGGGUUGGGGACGCCAAAUGGACUUGGAUUGGUGGAAAAGGAAAUUGCUGGGAAUAUCAAGAUAUUCUGUAUAACAACAAUGAUGGUUUGUUUUAUGGUGUUCGUGGUGAGGGUCAGGUAGAUUCUAUUGACCUUAAUGGAACUUCUGCUGAAGUAAAAGUCAUUUUAAAGUCAAUCAUAUCUUACCAAGCACAUAGUAGACAUAUUGUUCAAGCACCAUGGGGAGAUUUUUUCCAGAUAUGGAGACAUGGUAAAUAUAAUAAGGAGAAUGGGAGAACAGAAUGGGUUGGCAACAAGUUUUUCGUGUACAAGAUUGAUUUUGUUGAACAAAAGAUUAUCGAAACAAAUAACCUCCAAGAUCAUGCAAUGUUCAUUGGUUUCAACAACUCAUUCCUUCUCCCAGUGAAAGACUUUCCUGCAUUGGUUCCCAAUAGCAUCUACCACACGGAUGACUUGCUUGAUUAUAUCUACUGUCACAGAUUUAGUCUUAGGCAGGUUGUUAUUUUUAAUAUGGAAGAUGGCAGUUUCAUCGAGUUAUCGCCCCCUAGUUCAAAUUCAGGAUUGAACUGGCCACCCCCAGUUUGGAUUUAACCAUCACUUACUUGAGGUUAGUGAAAAUUUCUAAUAUAGAAUAUAUUAUUUUAUCUGCUUUCUGUUUUUUUGGGUAUCUAUUCAUGUUCUGUAGUUGGCCAGUUAGACCUUUGUAAUCGGCACAAGUGAUCAUAUUUCCUCCAUGUUCUUGUGUAACCAUGCACUUAGGCUGCAUGAUCCUAUUAAGUAAUGGCUAUUUUUAGAA